AGUGCACACGAGACAUCAGAGAGAUUUAUCCAGCACUGUAUUUUUUAAUGGCAUAGCACAAGGAACAUAAGAAAGAGUAUCUGAGACUGAACUUCUAAUCUAGGGAAUGAAACGAUACACAUUUCAUGUUAAACGCCAUUACAUCAGCGUGCGAUGCUCAUGGAAAAGUCAGCGGAGCUCUUUGCUGUAUUUUGGACAUCAUAGGCCACGAAUGAAUAUCACAAAAAUUUUUAAAAAAGCUAACUGAACAAACUAAACACACUGACUGAAUUUCUCUCGAAGUGUACCUGAAAACUGAAAAGGGAAUGCUGGUCAUUCUGUUUGCAGCAACAAUGCUCUUUGCGCAGGACCUCGCCGUGGCCGAGCCGAAGACGAAAUGUUCAUCCAGGUGUGAUGUGAGUAAAUGUCCGAGCCCGAGCUGUCCGAGCGGGUAUGUGCCCGACCACUGCAACUGCUGUCUUGUGUGCAGCCUUGGCGAGGGAGAGUCGUGCGGUCGGAAGGAUGAUGCUCCGUGUGGCGACGGGCUAGAAUGUAAAUUUCCAGCCGGAAAGCGACUUUCCAAAGGCGUUUGCCAGUGUAAGGCAACUCACAGAGUGUGUGGCAGCGACGGAAAGACCUACGGUAAUGUGUGCAAGAUGAGGGCAGCCGCGCGUAAAGCCCAACAACGAGGGCUUUCCGUUAUUACCCAAACGCACAAGGGUUCAUGCGCGCCAUCAAGCUCAGGUCCUGCACAUCUGAACAGCCCAAGGUAUAAGUUUAACUUCAUCGCUGAUGUUGUGGAGAAGAUUGCCCCUGCUGUGGUACACGUCGAGCUCUUCCUCAACCAUCCGCUCUUUGGUCGUCAUGUACCUUUGUCAAGCGGUUCUGGAUUCAUAAUGACGCAGACAGGUCUGAUUGUGACCAAUGCACAUGUGGUAGCUAGUAGUGCAACAGUAACGGGACGCCAGCAUCUACGAGUUCAGCUACACGAUGGCCAAACCUAUGAGGCCUCCAUCAGAGACAUCGACAAGAAGUCUGACAUCGCAACUAUCAAAAUUAAUCCAAAGAAAAAAUUACCAGUGUUGUCACUGGGUCAGUCUGCUGAUUUGAGGCCUGGUGAGUUUGUGGUUGCCAUUGGCAGCCCAUUUGCUCUUCAGAACACAGUCACAACAGGCAUCGUCAGCACAACACAGAGAGAUGGAAAAGAGCUCGGCAUCCAAGACUCUGAUAUGGACUACAUCCAGACUGAUGCUAUCAUCAAUUAUGGAAACUCAGGAGGUCCACUUGUCAAUCUAGAUGGUGAGGUAAUCGGAAUAAACACACUUAAAGUUACUGCAGGGAUCUCUUUUGCCAUUCCGUCAGACCGAAUCAGCAAGUUCCUUGAUGAAUCCAAUGAUAAACAGAAGAAAGUCAAACAAAGGGUAGUCAGGACAAACUUCACGCAGUCUCAAACUGUGAAGACUGCCUCAGAUAUAAAAGGCCCCAAGAAAAGAUUUAUUGGAAUCAAAAUGGUCACUUUAACAGAGAACAUUGUCCAGGGGUUAAAAUGGCACAAUCCAGACUUUCCAGAUAUUGGCAGUGGAAUUCUUGUCCAUGAAGUUGUCCCGGAUUCCCCAGCUCAGAAGGGUGGGCUUGAAACAGGUGAUAUUAUAGUGAAGCUAAACGGCCAUCCAUUGGUCAACACUGGAGAAUUACAGGAGGCGAUUCAGGGAGACAUGCCCCUCCUUCUGGAAGUUCGGCGUGGUAAUGAUGAUCUACUAUUCAACAUUGAACCUCAUAUCCUUAUGCAAUGACAGUGGCAGAGACGUGGACAGUGGAGUGAUCUGAAGAACAAGAUCAAGUGGAGAAGAUUGGUAAAGACUGAAGUGUGCUUGAGUUUCUACAGCUGGAUGAAAGUGUGAAGAAAGUAAAGCACAAUUUACAUAUGUCAUUGCAUCUGGGCUUCAAAGGACAAAUGCAGUAACAAUUGCCUAGUAUGCCCACUGGAUCUUCAGACCAUUUUCAUCAUUUUUAAUAAAUUAAUUAAUUGUUAUUAAUGUCAUUCUAACUCCAAAGUAAUACAGUGCCUUUCUGUCUAGACUGACUUGGUUUUCACAAUAAAGAUCAAUUAUCAUUUUGAAAAAUAAAAAAAGAGGCAUUUUGUCAAUACACUUUAGAUUUACGCUGCUGAAUGCUUUUGGCACAUGAAGUGUAUCAUUUUCAUUUGAUUUGAUAUCAUUGCUUAAAGGAAAUACACCAGUCGCAGUAGUCUUUGCACAUAGCUUUUGUAAAGGCAAACGCUAAUAUUGUUUAUUAGUUUAUUAAAUGCAAAAUAUUUGUACAAUGAAUAUGUGUUUUGAUAAAUGAAUAUUGAAUAGGCUAUACUCUUAAAUAACUAUUAUUUUUCAAAGCUGAUUUACAAUGUCUAGCACUGUUUCAACACUGUUUUUAUAAUGACUUUUUGAAUGUCAAGUAAUAAAUGCUCAGAAUUAUA